CCAGCUCGCGCCGCACGCUCGAUGGGCUCGGUGCCGUUCGCCGUCGGGGCUUUCAGCAAGCUGUUCCUCAAGGCGGGCACACGCAGCGUGCGGGUCGAUGGCCUCACGCAGUUCCUCGAACGGCUCCAAGGCGAGCGAGGCGUCCUGACCGUCGCCAACCACAUCUCUGUCGUCGACGAGCCCUUCAUGUGGGGCACGCUCCCGCUGCGGUCCUUCCUUGACUCGCGCAGGACCCGCUGGACCCUCGGCGCGAGCGACGUCAUGUUCAACGGCAAGUGGGACCGCUGGUUCUUCGAGAAGGGCCAGGUCAUCGAGACGUUCCGCGGCAAGGGCAUCUACCAGCGCGCGAUCGACGAGUCGAGCAAGAAGCUCGACGCCGGCAACUGGGUCCACAUCUUCCCCGAGGGCCGCAUCAAGCAGGAGGACCUGCACUCGCUGCGGCGCUUCAAGUGGGGCAUCAGCCGCAUCUUGAUGGAGUGCGAGCGCAUGCCGCUCGUCGUGCCCGUGUGGAUCAAGGGCUUCCAGGACGUCAUGGACGAGCCCCGAGUGUGGCCCAACUACCUCCCGCGCCGCAACAAGGACAUCACGAUCCUGUUCGGCGAGCCGCUCAACCCGCUCCUCGACCCGCUCCUCGCCGCCUACCGCGCACAGUUCCCCUCGCCGUGGCGCCCGGCGACGUACGAUCGCCCGGUCGGGCAGGACCUCGACGACGAGCCGGGCGUGCUGGCGGCGAUGCGGAGCGAAAUGGCCGAGACGAUGCGCAGGGGACUGAUGGAGCUCGGGGAGCGUGUCGAGGAGGUCGAGAGGGGCCCGCCGAGCCGGAUAGUCGGGUGGUGAGCUCGGCGAGGCGAGGCGAACGAGAGGGGGAGACGGUCGGAUCUAGACGCAGGAGCGCAUCUUUUACACUCGCAUGCACAGCAGCACUUGUAUCACUCUCUUCGCGUUC